CUCCUAUCUAUUCGGAUCAAUUGGUUUAAUGAGCCGACAGAGUUUAUCUCUGAGUGAGUUCGGGGGUUUGAAUGUCACCUUAAUUCCGACCUGCAUAAGAAUUCGAAGUAAAGUCGCUGAUGUUACUUCUUUAUUUGGUGACAAGGUUGAAUCCUUGAGCCUUUUUCUGUUGUUGUCGAUACUAUUCAUAGAGUUCCUACUGCUACUACUUUCUUCCUUACAUGUUCUUACGAAUUUCAUGAUUUCAGUGUAUAAAUAUUGAAUAACAAUGUUCCCUUUAAAUGUUUUUCAGUCAUUUUUUCCGGUUCUUUUAAUUCAACGUUGAGUUUUCCAGCUGUAUUAUUUAAAUAUUUCACUAAACGCAUUUUAACCAACUUUGGAUGAGAUGACCUGAAAUUAAGAUACUUGUAACCGUUUUUGGGUUAUGUGUGAAUGGACGUAUAUGCAGCAGAAUUUGUUC